AUGGCAGCCAUGGAAGCCGCUAGAUUGUCGAAUGAUGAGAAGGCGGCGGCGAGAUUUUUUGAUGCUCAAAGGGAGUAUAAUAAUAUUCUUACAAAAGAAGAAAUUUUCUGGAAACAAAGAGCCAAGAUGCAUUGGUUACGACACGGUGAUUCGAACUCGAAAUUCUUCCACAGGCCCGCUACUGUUCGUAAUAAGUUCAAGAAAAUCACCUCGCUUCUGGAUGAGACAGGGGCGGAGGUGAAAGGGCAGGAGGAGUUAUGCCAUGUUACUAAGUCUUACUUUGAACAACUUUUUGAAAUGAAACAGGGGGUGCAUGAUCCGGUCCUAAACUGUAUGUCACCGGUUAUAUCGCAAGAGGACAAUAGGAAGUUGAUGACUCAAAUUACUAAAGCGGAACUCUUUGAAGCUCUGACCCAAAUGCAUCCGGAUAAAUCUCCUGGCCCCGAUGGUUUUAAUCCAACCUUUUAUCAACAUUUUUGGGAGCUUUGUGGGGAUGAUAUUUUUAUGGCAGCUUCGACAUGGCUGGAAAGGGGAUUCUUUCCCUCUCAUCUUAAUGAAACCAACAUAUGUCUUAUUUCGAAGUGUGCAAAUCCGAGAGAUAUGAAGGAACUCCGACCCAUAUCUCUUUGUAAUGUUGUUUAUAAGUUGAUUGCCAAAUUGCUUGCAAAUCGUCUGAAGAUUGUUCUUAAUAAGUGUGUCUCAGAGGAGCAGUCGGCGUUUGUUGAGGGGAGGUCGAUCCUUGAUAAUGCUUUGGUGGCCACGGAAAUUAUUCAUUCUUUAAAAAGGAAGACGACUGGUAACAAGGCUCACCUUGCAUUAAAGAUCGAUAUUAGUAAAGCUUAUGAUAGAGUUGAUUGGGGUUUUCUGCGUGGUGUUCUCCUUCGUAUGGGUUUUGAUGAGAAUUGGAUUCACUGGCUUAUGAUGUGUGUGACAUCGGUGCACUAUUCUGUUCUUGUAAACUCCGAUAGAAUUGGACCCAUUAUUCCAGGACGAGGACUUAGACAAGGCGACCCUUUAUCGCCGGAAAAUAUUGUGGAAGCAUCUAAUCUUAUGGAGAUUCUUAACAUUUAUACCGAGGCAACUGGGCAGGAGAUCAACCUAGCAAAAUCUGAAGUGUUUUUCAGUCGCAAUCUGAGUGGUCCCGCACAAGAAGACUUAGCCCACCUGAUGGGGGUUAGGAGGGUUUUGGGAACGGGGAAGUAUUUGGGGUUACCAUCCAUGAUCGGCAGGAGUAAGAAGGCGGUGUUCUCUUUUAUUAAGGAUAGGAUCUGGAAAAGAAUCAAUUCGUGGAGUGGUAGAUCCUUAUCUAAAGCUGGUAAAGAGGUCAUGAUUAAGUCUGUCCUACAGUCGAUAACGGCUUACAUUAUGAGUGUUUAUUUGAUUCCGGAUGGAGUGGUGAAUGAUAUUGAAAAAAUGCUGAAUUCUUUUUGGUGGGGAGGUGGUGGUAAUAACAAAGGCAUAAGGUGGUUAGCUUGGGAUCGUAUGACUACUACGAAAAGUGAAGGAGGUUUGGGGUUUAGAGAUUUUAAAUCCUUUAAUAUGGCUAUGAUAGCGAAACAAGGAUGGAGCAUUUUGUCGAAACCAAAUUCUCUUGUAGCAAGAAUUUUCAAAGCAAGGUACUUCCCGCACUCUUCAUAUCUUACUUCUCUUAUUGGUAAUAAUCCAAGUUUUGUGUGGCGAAGUUUGUGGAAGGCAAAGGCCGUUAUUAAGCAGGGUUGUAGGUGGUCUAUUGGUGAUGGUAGUAACAUUAAGGUUAUCCAUAUUUUUGACUCCGAAGGAGCGACGAGUAUUCUUCGAGUACCCCUUAUAGAGGAUGUGAAGGAGGAUAGGCUGAUUUGGAACGAGGAGCAAAAUGGGGAAUAUAGUGUGAAAUCGGGGUAUAAAAUUUGGAAUGGUCUUCAUAGGAACACUCAUUUUCAUAAUACUGAAGGGAGAUGGAAGAGUAUUUGGAGUAUCUCUGCACCACCAAGAGCUAAACAUUUGCUUUGGCGGAUUUGCAAAGAAUGUCUACCGAUGCGUACAAAGCUUCGACAGCGUCAUGUUCAAUGUCCGUCUGUUUGCCCUUGGUGUGAGGGUGAGGAUGAAGAUGAUUGGCAUAUUUUUUUCGGAUGCGUCUCAAUUAAUCAGAGCUGGCGGGCAGCAGGUUUGUCAUCUAUUAUAGAUCCUCGGUUGCCUAAUUUCAUUGAUGCUAAGUCCCUUAUCUUUGAUGUUUGUAGUCGGGAGGAUCGAAGGGAUGCGGGCCGGUUUGCUGUGUUGCUUGAAACCCUUUGGCGGAGUAGGAAUAAUAAGGUUUGGCAAGAUAUCAGGGAUGAUGCGUUGAGGAUUGGUAUCCAAGCUUAUCAUAACUGGUAUGAUUGGUUUUUAGCUAGAGAUGAGCAUAAUUUAGCGGCGGGUAAUAAUUUACCUAUAAGUUGGAGUCCGCCAUCAGUUAAUCACUUGAAAUGUAAUGUUGAUGCAGGUUUCAAUAAUGUGUGUGGUACAACAAAUAGAGGGUGGUGCUUUAGAGACCACUUUGGAAGGUUUAUAUCGGCAGGGGUGUCCUGGGAUGUGGGUCUUCUCUCCGUUGUCGAAGCUGAAGCAACCGCUUUAAAGGAAGCAAUCGAAAAUGCUAUUUUUCUUCAGUUAUCCCACGUCAUUUUUGAAACUGAUUGUCAGAAUGUCACUAAGGCUAUUUAUGCUUCUCAUAUACCUCAACUUGAAAAUCAAGAGGCGGAUGAUCUGGCUCAUAUUGCUUCUGGAUACAAAGCAUCGAAAGGAAAGUUGGAAGACUUGAUCGAAGUUCGAGGAAGGGUGAUGGCAAUAAGAUUAUCUCCGUCGGAUUUGGAAAUGACAAAAUUAGGAUAUGCAUACCCUGAAAAUUUCAAGAUAUUUUCCAUUGACAGUUUGACGGAUAUAGAUUAG